CUGAGAUAUGACCACGACUGCUUUGGAUACGUACCCAGGUCCGUACCCAGCACCUGGCUGCAUGCCGCCAUCAUUGUCUGCAUUGUGGCCCUGGGCUCCUGCUCAGUCUCCACGAAAAGCGAGCGCUUCUCAGCGAUCAGGUGUCCGAAGAUCUGUUGCAUUUCUGAAGUCUCCCUCUCUCAGCUUACUUCGAAGGAUUUUUAGCUUACUCUGAAGGAAAGCUCCAUUUUCUGGCCAGCAGAUUCAAAGUGUUACCUGAUCUUUACGGUCUGCAGGCAAAAUGGGCCUGGUUUUGGGAAGAGUCACUGUAGAGCAACCAAAGUACACGGUGGUGUCAAGUGGGGCCAACUAUGAAGUCCGAGAAUACCCUCCAGCCGUUGUUGCGGAGGUAAAGUAUGAGGGUGCGGCUUACGGAAAGAAUCAGUCAGACCCGUUCAGGACACUGGCAAAGUACAUUGGGGUCUUCGGCAACCCAGAGAAUGAGUCAAAGAGCAAGCCUGAGUCAGGGGAGAAGAUUGCGAUGACUGCGCCAGUUAUCACUGAGACCAGCGAUCCGACGAGCGACAAGGUGGAUGGUGAAAAGAUCGCUAUGACUGCACCGGUGAUCACGGCCGACUCGAGCUCCGGCUCCAAGAAAGAGUCCAUCAUGCAGUUCGUGCUACCGGAGAAGUACACAAUGGAGAACGCGCCAAAGCCGAAGGACUCGCGGGUGUCCAUCAAGGAGCUGCCCGCACGCAAGCUGGGCGUGAUAAAGUUUUCGGGAAAUACGACGGAAGAACUUACCGCGCAAAAGGAGAAGGCGCUUCGAGAAGCGUUGGAAGAGGCGGGCUUGACGGUCACCGGGACGCCGACGCUUGCGCGGUAUAAUCCGCCCUUCGUUCCGUGGUUUUUGAAGACGAACGAAGUGUUUUUGCCAGUGGAGUGAGGGUGUUUGGACAAAUUCCUUGCAGUGAUACUCGUCGGAAGGUCUGGCUGACUUGGUUAGUGUACAUACCAUACGAAAGGCUUAGAAUUGCACAACGAUUCAAAAUGGUCAGGACGGUGAGAAGUAUAUUGGAGGGUUUGCAGAUGACGGGUUAUUAGUUUCAUAGUUUCGAUUGCGGAGCGUCAUCAGGCGUGAGGAAGAGAGGAACAUGUACAGUGUUCACUUCGGAUUUGAGUACCUAUACGAAGUUAGCAGCUGAGCUACAUGGGUAAGUGUCGAUCUAGUUCGUAAACAGAUAUGACACCUUCAAACUUUCAACGUACGUGUAGCAUGUGCAUCAAUGUUUAGUCAAGCAUGAAUGAACUA